UUUUCCUGAUCAGGCAGGCCUGGGCGGCUUCUCCUGAAAACUGGAUUGUUUGAAGAAAUGGGUGACUGCUCAUCUUUGAACUAUAAAGCUGGAUUUCCAUGCCCUGUGACCUGUUUUUUCCUUUGCUUUUAUUGUAAAUGCCAGUUUCAAUGGAUGUUACUUACAUUUUUUUUCUUCUCUUUGGAAGACAAGAACUUAGUCUUGAUGCAGUAAAUCAGAAGAAAUGGAAGAAAGGAAAAUCAAGAGGAGGAGCCCCAAAUCAUCUACCAGUCACCCUGCUCAGGUUACUAACUCGAAGAAAAACUCAGUGCCAGCCAGUAAAAGUACAGCCUUUUCAAAUCCUGCACCGCAGCCCGCAGUACAAAAACCAAAGUUAAAACGUGUAAUAAAAGAGAAAGCCAAACCCCCAGGAGGCGAAGCGAAAGGGGCGCAGGCAGCACCAAUCCAGCAUUCUUUUCUCACAGAUGUAUCGGAUGUCCAGGAAAUGGAACGUGGACUUCUGAGUCUCCUGAACGACUUCCACUCCGGCAAACUCCAAGCAUUUGGAAACGAGUGCUCCAUCGAGCAGAUGGAGCAUGUGCGGAGUAUGCAGGAGAAACUUGCUCGCCUCAAUCUGGAGCUCUACGGGGAGCUGGAAGAACUCCCUGAAGACAAAAGAAAACUUGCCAGUGACUCCAACCUGGACAGACUGCUCUCAGACCUAGAAGAACUGAAUUCAUCUAUCCAGAAACUACAUUUAGCAGAUGCUCAAGAUAUUCCAAAUAGUGCCACGGGCUGAAAGACCAGUGUUGUCAAUUUGGUUCCUCCCAGGAGCUUUUCUUUUGUGUUUCCUGACAGUGGAAUCUGGA